AUGUCCCGCGCUCGUUUGGACGACGAUGGAAAGAAGUCGUCGUCGCCCGCCUCGUCGCUCCCACCUUCGCCCACCAAGCCGGCUGCAUUCUCUGCUGCUGCCGCUACUGGAGCUCCCCAAACCCCUCUUGCUACAGUACCGGCUGCUUCCACCCCUUCGUCCUCGACCAGCCCCGCGACUCCCAUCGCCUCGGCUCCCAGCACUGCUCCGGGCACCGCUCCUUCGAGCACCGCUCCCACCACACCCGCCACCAGCACCACCCCUGCUAGCGAAAUCCAGAACAAUAUCGACAGCAAUGGUCACGACAUUACCACCAACGGUGCUGUCGUUCCCCGUGUCAAUCUCGCCUACUUCACAAAUUGGGGCAUCUAUGGUCGCAAGUACACUCCCUUGGAUGUCCCUUACUGCAACUUGACCCACAUCCUCUACGCCUUUGCUGACGUAAACCCAGACACGGGCGAAUGCUUCCUCACCGACCUCUGGGCCGACGAGCAGAUCCACUACACCGGCGACUCUUGGAACGACACGGGCAACAACCUCUACGGCAACUUUAAGCAGUUCCUGCUGCUCAAGCAAAAGAACCGUGCCCUAAAGCUGAUGCUCUCCAUCGGCGGUUGGACUUUCGGUCCCCACUUUGCUCCUAUGGCCGCUGACCCGAAGAAGCGUGCCAAGUUCGUCUCCACUGCCAUCACCAUCCUCGAAAAUGACGGUUUGGACGGCCUCGACAUUGACUGGGAGUAUCCCGCGGACAGCACCCAAGCUGCCAACUUUGUUCUCCUUCUCAAGGAGCUCCGCGCGGGUCUCACCGCCCACCAAACCAAGAAGCAAGAAACCAACCCUUACCUCCUCUCCAUCGCCGCUCCCUGCGGUUCUGACCACUACAAGAUCCUCCAAGUCGCCAAGAUGGACCAGUACCUCGACUUCUGGAACCUCAUGGCCUACGACUUUGCCGGAUCGUGGUCCACCCUCACCGGCCACCAAGCCAACCUGUGGAACGUCAAGGGCGCGCCUCCCUCCACCGACGACGCCGUCAGGUACUUCAUCGGUCAAGGCGUCGUUUCGCACAAACUCGUUCUCGGCAUCCCACUCUACGGCCGCGGGUUCGAAAACACCGACGGCCCCUCCAAACCCUACAACGGCACCGGUCAGGGCACCUGGGAAGCCGGAAACUGGGACUACAAGUUCCUCCCCGUCAAGGGCGCAAAGGAGAUGAUCAACACCAAGAUCGGCGCCAGCUGGAGCUACGACUCUGCCAAGAGGGAGUUCAUCAGCUACGACACGCCUCAGAACGUCCUGAUCAAGUGCCAGUACAUUCAGAACAUGAAGUUGAGAGGUGCCAUGUUUUGGGAACUGAGCGGCGACGCGACAAAGAGUCAGGGUGGUGCGGAUAGGAGCUUGGUCGCGUUGACGGCAAAGAACAUGGGAGUGUUGGAUUCGACCUUGAACCACAUCAGCUAUCCUUACAGCAAGUGGGACAAUGUCAAGGCUGGUAUGAAGUGA